AGUAGGAGAUCGACUUCAAGUUCGCGCCAAGACGCCCCUCUCAUCUCGUCCACACCUCAACGCAGGCUUCUUCUUUUCCGUCCCCAAAAUCAUCCUCUUUUCCUACUCAUCGUCGAGCUCCCUUCGUCUCCAGCCUAAGAUUCGGAGAUUACGGAGCGGACGCAAUCAAGCACAACUUCUCCGAGAUUCAUCGAGCUGCGAAAGAGUUGGCCUUUAAUGGCACCCCAAGCUAACAAUUCAAGCCCAAAACAAGAGGCCCAUAAAGAGGGGGCUCCGAGGUUUCGAGUGACGGUUGCCGGAAGUGGAAACUGGGGCAGCGUAGCGGCCAAGCUCAUCGCCUCCAACACCCUUCAACAAUCCAUCUUUCAUGAUGAAGUGAGAAUGUGGGUGUUUGAAGAAGUCCUGACUAGUGGUCAAAAGCUCACAGACACCAUUAAUCGAACUAAUGAGAAUGUCAAAUACUUGCCUAGAAUAAAGCUUGGGAAAAAUGUAGUAGCAGACCCCAACCUUGAGAACGUAGGUAAUCUCAUACGUUUCAGUGAAUUUUUUUUUUCCUACGAGGUCUCAGAAUCAAUAUAUGAACCUAACAACAUUCUGAUUAUGUCUUGGAUUUUUUGUUUGUUCACAUCAUUAAUCAGCAAACAAAUCCUCAACAUAACUGCUUUUCCUUGGGUUUCUUUUUUAUUUUCCGGUUUCAAACAAGCCGAGCAGGAGUGAUAUCUGAAGCUUCUUUUGAUACGUGUAUGUGCUAUAUCAGCGCCAUAUGUUGUGGUCUUUUUGCGUUGUCUAUGCGUGUGCAAAUUGAUGUGUAAGUCGUAGCUUCUGAGAUAUUGUGGGCUGAUGUACCACUAGUAGAAAUCCGUGCAUCCUGGACGUAAUAUCGUAGACGGAAUUUACAUGAAUACUAUUUGAGUUCCCGUAUAUUUUAGUUUUGUGGUCAAAGUUAUUAUCAUUCUUUUGGUAGACGUUGUAAAAUUAUUAUUUUUCUGAUUAGUGAGACUUUGUAAAAGUUUGUAAACAAUUUAUGUAUCUCUUUAUUAUUUUGGUGAAUGUAUUAUUUGAAUAUAAUUGGAUUUGAUAUUGGAA